AUGAAAUGUCAUAACCAUUCAACCACAAUGUUUCCUAUUGAAAAACGACAAAGACAUUUAUCAAUGAAAAGAACUAAUCGAAUUUUACUAGCACCCAUUCAGUAUAAGACACUCUUGUCAGAGGAAAAUCAAUUUCAUUGUCAAAUAUUUAAACCAACACUAUCUGACGGUAGAAAAUUCUUACGUAGAGUUUCCAGUAACACCAACAAUCAUACAUCAAUGAUAAGCUAUCACUAUAAAUAUGGAUUCAGUUUAUCGGAUGAAGAUGGCAAUACAAAUAAUGAAGUUACUGAUGAUUCUGAAAAACGCGUUUUAGCAGCAUUUGGUCAACGGAAGCAUAUUGUAAAAGAAUUAGUUAAAACACAGAUAGAUUUUACAACAGAUAUGAAAACUGUUCUAUCGGUAUUCAAUUCUGUCACAAUGCAGGUAAAUGAAUCAGAUCGAUAUGCAUUAUUGGGAAAUUUGGAUCAAUUGGUUCGAGUUAAUGAUAAUAUAUCCAUGCUACUACAACAAGAAAUUGAUGAAUAUCCUGAUAGUCAAGUGGGCAGCGCUUGUGUAGGUAAAUGUAUGCUUUCUUCAAAAUCCUCCAUAAAUGAAGCACUGAAGACAUAUAUUUUGAACUUUUCUGUUGAUGCUUCCACAAAGAGCCCAGAAGUUCAAAAGUUUGCAAUGGUGGGAUUUAAACGCUUACAGAUUGAACGUCCAAAUAUAAUGAGUUUAAAUGAUGAAUUAAUUAAACCAGUUCAACGAUUGGUGAAAUUAAAACAACUAUUUGAAUUACUCAAAGAUGUAACGCCAAUCAGUCAUCCAGAUUGUGCCGCAACAAUGCAAAUGUUUGAUAAUUUUAAUGAAUUAGCCUAUGAUGUCAACGAAGUGAAACGAUGGAAAGAUUUAUGUACUAGUGCAUCUGAUGAAACAAAUAAAACCUCUAUCAUGGAUAUGGUUGAUAAAACUACCAAAAGAAUACUGACAAAAGUAGCACGUACUUGCAGUGCAGAAGUUAGUCGAAGAAUUCAACAAAAGUUUACAGCUGAAAGAGAAACGAUCAAUCAAUUAGAAAGCUCGUGUACACUUUUACGUGAUGCGGUUGAAUCUCGUUAUAAAACAAUGCAGAAUGUUAUAGUCGCUCAGAGAGAUUUUGUCUCACAACUGAAAGAAAUGUUUACACAAAACAAUCGACUACAACUUCAUAGUGAUAUUCCAGUACUCAGUAAUCCGCCUAAUUGUUUCCCUAUGGAGUUACUAGAGGAUUAUGAAACUGCACUGAAUUCCUUAAUUAUACAUAUGCAAGAAACCUAUAUGAGAAGACUAUCAUCCAGUGUUAUAUCUCGUUUGGAUGAAUUAAAUCAACUGUUAAAUCAUGCAAAACGCUUAUUACAAAAAUAUGAUAGUACUGAACUAGAUAUUUUAUUAUUGGAUGCGUCUGUUAAACAUCAGAAUCAAAAAAGUUCACAAUUUGUUGCUGCAAUUCAUGAGCAGAAAGAAGAAAGCAUGCGAACCUUGUCUACUCUACAAUCUGGUUUGGAAAACUUAUUGCCCAAUUUCAUAAAACACUCAAACAACAUUUUACAAUCCGUUUGUCAAUACAGUUAUAUCAUUCAUGGAAAUAUUAUGCAAGAAUUUGGAAAUUUACUUCAAAAAUGUAUUCAGGAGUAUGAAAAUAAUCAUCCUGAGAGACAAACUGUUCAGAAGAUAUCUCCUACAGAGUUUAUCAAUCGAAUAGAUGAGUUGAAAUCUCUUCUACCUGAUCGAAAACAUCGUCGUAGCCGACGAGCACAUCAAUCAUCAUCCAGUAUACCUAAAUUGGAUCAAUUACUGUCAGAUGAAAAAGGCAACACACUUCUUCAAGAAAUAGCUUCACUGUCUUUGUACAACCGUGAUUCAAAUUCAAGUACAGAUUAUCGUAGCAGAAAAACUAGCUCAAAAGAGAAUAUCAGAAGAGAUGCUUUAAGAUCCAGUCUCAACACAAAAGUUGCACGGAGUGAAUCUGAUUGUGGACAAAGUCGGAAAUCCAGUGGAAAUUCUUCAAAUUCUGAUUUCUCCAAACAAACACCUUUAAAACAAGAACAAGCUUCCACCUCUAAAGUGAAUAAAAUUGAAACAUUUUUAAACGAAGCUACUCACAGGAUAAAUGAAGAUUUUUGUAAUCAGCAUAAUCUUUCAUUACCUAAAGGUCAAUUAGUAACUAUGGUUCGCUCCUACGAUUCAAAUGGGAACAAAGAUUGGAGUUUAGUUAAAUUUUAUCCAUACGGUGAAAUGCGAUUUGUACCAAGCGAUUGUCUUGAAACAGUUAAAAAUUCCUAGAUGUAUUCUUCUUACAGUUAAUAUUAUAUUUUUUUCCCACAGAUUUCCAUCCCUCU